UACUUGCGCAUCCAUCUUCGUGCGCUUCCUUAGGGGAUGCUGCAGACUGCUUUGCAGGCGGUUUCCCCUUCGGAAGGGCUGUCCUCCGAGCAGUGAGGGCUGUCCCCCGCAUCCCCCGGGCAUCCCCUUCGGGCAAUUUCCGAGAGCGGAUCGGCGCGGGGCGGGCACGGCCUCCGCUCCGCGCUGCCUCCUGCCCCGCCCGGCGCCGCGGGCCCAGCCGGGCCGGGCCGGGCCGAGCCGAGCCGGGCAUGGCGCCGCUGGUGCUGUACCACUGGACGCAGUCCUUCUCCUCGCAGAAGGUGCGGCUGGCAAUAGCCGAGAAGGCGCUGAAAUGCGAGGAGCGCGAUGUGAACCUGCCCCUGAGCGAGCACAACGAGCCGUGGUUCAUGCGCUUGAGCUCCUCUGGAGAAGUACCCGUCCUCAUCCAUGGGGAAAACGUCAUUUGUGAGGCAACGCAGAUUAUUGAUUACCUUGAAGCAACGUUUGUAGAUGAGGAAGUACCAAGAUUAAUGCCAGAAGAGGGGAGCAUGUAUUAUCCAAGGGUGCAGCACUACAGGGAGCUUUUAGACUCCUUGCCUAUGGAUGCCUACACACAUGGCUGCAUCCUGCACCCUGAGUUAACAGUGGACUCCAUGAUUCCAGCCUAUGCUACCAGCAGAAUCCGUAGCCAAAUAAGUAACACAGAAUCAGAAUUGAAGAAACUUGCAGAAGAAAAUCCAGACCUUCAAGAUGCCUAUAUAGCAAAACAGAAGCGCCUUAAGUCUAAACUGCUGGAUCAUGAUAAUAUAAAAUAUCUAAAGAAAAUACUGGAUGAACUGGAAAAAGUUUUGGAUCAGGUUGAGACUGAAUUGCAGCGGCGAAAUGAGGAAACACCAGAAGAUGGAAAUCAGCCGUGGCUCUGUGGUGAUUUCUUCAGUCUGGCAGAUGUAUCACUUGCUGUCACAUUACAUCGCCUGAAGUUUCUGGGAUUAGCAAGAAGAAACUGGGGAAAUGGAAAGCGGCCCAACUUGGAAGCUUAUUAUGAGCGUGUCGUGAAGAGAAAAGCAUUUUACAAAGUUUUGGGACACGUCAACAAUAUAUUAAUCUCGGCUGUCCUGCCAACAGCAUUCCGCGUGGCCAAGAAGAGGGCUCCCAGGGUUCUGGGCACCACCCUGCUGGUCAGCAUGCUGGCAGGGGUGGGUUACCUUGCUUUCCUCUGUCUUCGGAAGAGAUUUGCCAACACGGUGCUAUCGAUUAGAACCAGGCAAAAUUAUUUUUAGACAUUGUCUGUCCCUGGUGGUGAGUGGAGGGCAUCUCUGCCCUCAGGAAAAUAUCUUCAAUAAAAUAUAAAUGUAGAAGAACGAUUAUGUCUGCGAAUUAGAACUUUGCCACAGAGUAAUCAUCUCCUGCUGCUGUUUAAUUGGGUUGGCAAUGCUGAGGUAGUUUUCAAAAAUAUUUGUUGGGAGGACGACAAAAGAAAGAAGAGACAUACUUUUCAGCCAAGGGACUAUAACUCUGACAGUGCUUUAUUAAAGUGGUUAUUGUCUCCUAUACUCAGUAGCUGACCUAAUUAAUAUGCUUUUAUUUAAUAGAUAUGCAGCAAUGUGACAGCUUUUCACUGUAGAUGAAAUGCAUUAUUGUGAAGAAACCAGCAUUGUUAAAAUACUGAAAAUAGCUCUUAUUUUAAAUGCUCAGAGUAAGAUUUAAUUGGAACAUUGUGCCUGUUGAGUACAGAACCAAGUUUCUCUGUACUGAUUAUUGUCUGCUAAUUUGCAGUUGGACCUCAAGGAAUGUGUUAAAAAUAAUCUUGUAAAGCCACUUUUGUCAGUGUAUGUUCAUGCAGCAAUUCAGGAAAAGACCUGAAGCAGGUAAGAGCAUCAGUGAUUUGUCUGCCACACAAGAGAAAUUCUCCAGAGUCAUCACUGGACAACAAAUACUACAAUUUUGCUGAAAUACAAAUGGAAGCAAAACACCUGACACUUGUCUUUUGAAAGUCUUUUGGGCUCAGCCUCGAACUCUGGCAGAAUCAAAUCAAACUGUCUUGGUGCACAUUUGCUGCUUUCUUUGGGGUGGCUUAAUAUGGUUGCCUCCAUAUGAGUGUCCCUCGUACUGUGUUUCACUCUGAGCACUGGCUAUUUUUUGCACACUUCUUGGCAGCACUAGCAAUUGUACGUGUCUGUAUAAAAUGCUUGCCCACAACGUGCCACAACCAACUAUAAAACAUAAGCAGAGCAAUGCCUUUUUGUAUCAGUAAUUAAAAAUAUUUCACUAUCUAUCAGUCUGGUUAGGUAGCCUAGAUUGAAGGUAAAGGUGUAAUUUAGCAAUCUGUUUAAUUAUGGAUGGGGUCAUGUUGAUGCUAAGUGAAAAAUACAGAAAGUUUGGAGACGAUUUGUACUGCUAAUUUUUUGCAAAACCGCCCUCUUGUUGCAUGGAGGAAAGGUGUAGAAAAACAGUUUGAUUACUUCCUAUUACUCAAUAGAUGCUGUGAGUUUUAUUCGUUUUGAACUGAGCUCCCAUUUCAACAAGAAAUGUACAUUUACCUGAAAUGUACAUUGAAUCCUUUUGCAUCAAAAAAGCAUUUGGGAAGGGAUGAAAAUUCUCAUGACAGUUUAGUAAGACUUUUGUAUGCUUGAUGAAUGUUUGAAAGCCUCAGAGUUUUGUUUACAAGUUGUACAUAGAUGCAACAAACAAAGCAUAGCUUUUAGUGUUUGCCUAUCAACAAUCAGUGCUAACAGGCCUAAGUACAUUUCAGGUCCUGUGCUGCUGGGUGUGGUCUCUGCACAAUUGCAUUUAGGUGUCAAGAAGAUCAUCUCAAGUUUGCUGGAGAGAACUGAGGUCAGUUUCUGUCUGGGCAAGCUCACCAUCUAGUAGAUAUCAAUACGGAUAAAAUUAUUGGAUACUCCUGCUUAUUAUUUAAUAUUGUGCUAGUUGUCUAGCAAAAGUAGACCUAAAUCUCAUUACUCCUUUUCAGUAAUAAGAAACAUCUUACCUAGGAAACAAUGUGCUUUUUCAUUUGUAAAAAAGACAGUAUUAUAUAAUUCUAUUUCAUGAUCCAGUGGUUCUCAAGAACUUGUUGAAUUGAAUGUGCUCUAUUUGGAAAAGAUUUAUUAUCUCUAGAGUGGGUUUAAUCCAACAAUACUAUUAAUGUACUGGCAGCUUUAACUGAGUUUGCUGUUUGUGUGUUGCAGUUCAUCUGCAUUUACUUGUAGCUAUCAAAUUCCACUAAGUUAAUAAACACAGAGUAAGACCUGUAACUUAAUGCUUCCCUGGCAUAUAUUUUUGUCAGAUGACCUGUAAAAUGUAAUUUGAUCAAGUCACAGUAAAAUUAAAUGUAUAUGACUUAGUCUUCUUUAGAGUGAAGUGGCCACCAGAUGUCAGUGGUCCUCCAGGACUCUGCUCUGGCAUGCCUCUGAGGCAGGAAAGCUACUUUUCACAGAGAAAAAACUUGUGAUCUCAGCAUAAGAGGGUUGUGAGCACCCUCAGUGCACUAGCAGUCUCUCCAGAGCUCUGGAAACAACUGUGUGGUUCUACCACAGGUUUGUUCCCAACACCUGCCACUUAUGGUUGUGUGGUUUCUAUACUGGGUAAAUGAGAGGCCAAAGUUGAAAUAAUAUUUCACCUGAAAAUGAAUUUUACUAAACAGCAAUUAAACUUGCAAUCUGGAAGAAUGAGCUUGAAUGAAACUUUUAUUGUGGAAAAGUUUGGAUCCCUGGUUUGAUUUAUUUCUGUGAGUUCAACUGUUUGGUAUCCUACUUAUUUUCACUGCCCUGAAGUACUCUGUGCAUUGAUUUCUGUACAGGUGGCAGCAAAAGGCUUAUCCAUGAUUAAAUUCCUCAAAAUAGGAUGAGAUUUAGAAGCACCAUGCUGCAUUUGGCUCUUUGUGCAAGCUAGCUUUUGUGCUUGCAAAAUUUCUUUUCAACUUGGCUUUUUUUCUUUCUGGUAGCUCUGGAUACUAUUUUGAUUGGGUACUGAAGCAAUCUUCUAGUUUUCAUUUACUAUUUGCUCUCAUAUCAUGCAUCAGAUAUAUUUCAUUUCUUUAUGUGGGACCCACACAAUAAACAUGGAUUCUUAAGGCCACA